AUGACGUCAGCGAUGACUGAAAAAAUACCUCCUCAACCAGUGGAUAGUGCUGACGUCACUUCUGAUUCGUACAACCACCUGGAGAUCACGUGGUCAGAACCAUUCAGCCAAUGCGGUGAUCCGAGCUACAACGUAUCACGUAGGCUACUUCUCAUUGACCAAUGUGACGAUUCUAUGGCGGAUAUGGUAACGCGUGAGGUAACAGGCGAUCCAAUCAUCGAGUAUGACGACCUUUUGCCAUACUCAACCUAUGUGUUUACAGUUCUGGCGACUCUGGAAGGCUAUGAAGCAGAAACAGUCUUUUUCAUCACAUACAACUCCACUGAGUCAAAUUCCACUGGGCCACCUGAAUACUUCACAGUGGCUAGCACCGUGAAAAGAAAAUUGGAUUAUACCUGGAGCAGUCCCCCAUGCGGAGACCGGAACGGAGCCUUAAGUUACGACUACGAAUUCGGAGAAGCGGGAGGGGAUGAGGUGCAGAGGGAAAACCUUAUGAUGACAAGUCAAUCAUUUGAGGAUUUAAAACAUUACGUGAUGUACGAGUUUACUGUCUGUCCGAGGACAGUCGUUGGACCGGGUCCCUGCAUCUUCAAUCAGACCAGAACACUACCAAGUGAGCCCAUUGGCCUUCUCAAUACCGGCAGCGAAGUGGGGUCAACGAAUCAGACAUAUACCAUCAUCGCCUGGGAGAAACCGGAGUCAAUCAACGGUUUAUUUUUGAGAUAUGAGAUCCAGAAAGACAAUGAUGACGUCAUCAUGAUAGAGGAGGAAGACAUAAGAAUGUAUGAAUUCUCAGAUUUAGAGCCUAACAAUGAGUAUACCAUACAGGUACGUGCUGUCAGCAACGGAGGGAAUGGUGCUUGGGAUUCGGUCGAUGUCACAACACUCCCAAUACCAGAACCAAACACGCCAGCAGUACCGCUUUUCAAGGCAAAGAAUGAUACAUCAAUCUCCAUAGAGUGGCCCCUCGUGGAUGAUACAAAUCUAGGAAUAUACAGGAUAACACACUAUACAGUCAGUUAUUCAAGUAGCACAGGGGAUGAAGAUACUAUCGACGUCACUUAUAUUACAUCACCUAUGGUGUGCACUAUCGCACCGCUAGAACCGGGAACGGAGUACUACAUCAAGGUUCGCGCUGUCAAUGAAGGAGGACCUGGGGGCUGGUCUGAAAGUUUGACUGAAUCUACCGAACCAAAACCUACUACCGGCGGUCCUAACUCUCUGGCCGUUGGUUUAGGUGUUGGCGUUCCCAUUUUACUUAUUAUAAUGGUUUCAUCUGGUUUUAUCGUAUACAAGAAACGAAGGGAUGCUCCACCAACACCACCAAAGGAAUAUGAUCUAGAGAAUGUUCCAGCUGACGAAAAUGGGGGAACCUCGAACCCGGUUCUGGUGCGUACCACCAUUCCUAGCACACCCAAGGCCAAGCCUCCCGUCAAACAACGGCCACCACAACACGAGCCUAUACACAUCAGCAAUCUGGCCAAGGUUAUUAAAGCCAAACGAAUGUCACGUGAUGGAUUCGAGAAGGAAUACAAGGCCUUGUUGAAUAAAAGUGACGAGGGAUGCAUUGGCAACAAUCCUGAGAAUAAACCAAAGAACAGAUACAAGAACAUCAUAACGUAUGAUGAGCAUCGGGUCAAACUCAACAAGUUACCAACAGAACCAGGAGCUGAUUACAUUAACGCAACGUUCAUUGAUGGAUACAAGAAAGAAAAUGCUUUCAUCGCCUCCCAAGGUCCGAAUGCUGCUUCUUUGAAUGAUUUCUGGCAGAUGGUUUAUGAACAGAGGACGUCAACUAUUGUGAUGCUGACAAACCUCUUAGAGAAAGACAAGAAGAAAUGUAUCGAAUACUGGCCCUCCGCGGGAAAUCAUAAACGUUAUGGUGAACUGGAAGUAAUAGCCAGAGAAGUAAAAGAUGAGGGAAGUUACGUCCUCCGAAAGUUCGAAGUUGGAAAGCCUGAUAGAACAACCAACAGACUGAAUAUCACUCAAUACCACUAUACAAUUUGGCCUGACAUGGGCGUUCCUGAGAGUUCCCAACCUCUCCUAGAUUUCAGGGAUAUUGUAAAGAACGCCAACCCCGCCGACUCCGGUCCAAUCAUAGUCCACUGCAGUGCUGGAGUAGGACGAACGGGAACCUUCAUAACCAUCAACUGCAUGAUAGAGAUGAUUGAAGCAGAAAAGAAGAUAGAUGUCUUCAAUUUCAUAAACGAAAUGAGAAAACGAAGAGCCUUCAUGGUACAAGUACAGCAACAAUAUGAGUUCAUCUACGAAACACUUCUCCAGUGGUCCCACUGUGAGAAGGUAUCAUUCAGCAUCAUAGACUUACCGACCACUGUCAAGACCUGGGGGACUAUUAAAGAUGCCGAUGGAAGAACAGAAAUGUCAAGGCAAUUUGAGGUCCUUGAAUACAUGGCCCCUAUGGAGUCGACAGGAUCGGACCAAAAGGGCUCACUGCCGGUAAAUGCUAAGAAGAACCGCUACCCUGAUAGGGUACCAGUGGACAAGUUUAAACCGCUGUUGAUGACGAAAGGAGACGAAGUAGACGACAACGAUUAUAUCAACGCUUCUUUCUUCGAUGUUGAGGGUCGGAAGAACGUCCAUGUAUGCACCCAAUGCCCGUUAAUGUCUACUGUAGGGGAUUUCUGGCGUCUUGUUUGGGACUACGACAUACACACGAUCAUCCAUCUCAAUGAAAUGGACUCGACGUGUGGACAGUACUGGCCGGACUCCGACAAAACGAAUUUCGGUUCGUUCACGAUUGAACUACUCUCGGACAGAACGCUCACGGAUACCAUGACUGAACGAGUUCUCAAAGUAACCACGUCAAAAAAGAAGGGUGAACGUCAGAUCACGCAGUUGCAGUAUCUGGGAUGGCCGAAUGAUUCGCUAGUUCCGAGAUCAAAGAUGGACUUCUUCGAACUACUAACGCAGGUCGACAACAACAACACCUCUGAGAAGAAGUUCCUCGUCGUUUGCAUGGAUGGAGUUGGAGCCUCUCCUACCUUCCUUGCCGCCAACGCCGCUAUCGACAGGGUAAGAGAAGACAAGACGGUCGACAUCUUCAGCGCGGUCAAACGUCUUCGCAAGUCUAGACCAGGAGUCGUUGACGAAUUGGAACGAUAUGAAUUCUGUUACGAUGUCUUAGCAGCUUAUCAAGACUCUGUACAAACAUACGCAAACUAUAUGUGAGAAACAGACGACUACGUCUCGGAUUGUGCUUUAAAUUUCAAGCCAUUCAAGCCAAAAUUGCCAGUAGAAUAGCCCUAUUAGCAAAUUGAAGGAAAGCUUCUAUAAGCAGGCUAAAUUGUGCCUUUUCUGUUACAUUACAGAAUUUUACGACUCUUAGUUUUGUUACCUCUUUAAUUGUGAUAAUACUUUGUUGAUGGUACUGCAAACAAUUCACUCGCUUCAUAGGAUAUUGAUAUAACAUUUGUUAAAUUAAUAUACAUGUAUUUUGUGUACAGUCAUAAAUUGGAUAUCAUGUACUACUUUGUGUAGCUUUUGUAUUGAAUUGGGUAAUACUUCCGGUCAUUUUAUUUGAUGAUGACAUUACAUACAAUAUAUAUGGAUAGAAACAAUAGAACAAAUCUUCUUUUCAUUCUCUCUCUCUCUCUGUUUCAAUCUCUCUCAUUUCCCUUAACUCUCCCUCUCCAGACACCCCUUGUCAUAUUUGUAUUCCAUCUCUUUUCUUUGUAGGCUCACCCAUUUUCUCAAACUCUCUAUUUUUCACUUUGCGUAUUAAACUGUUUUUCCUAUCUGUAUAUUUCUAGUAUUCCCACUAACGAAUUUUCAACAAAAUCUUUAAAACCAUGUGAACCUUUCACCUUAUAAACCACAUUUUAUACUUAAACUAUAAUGGUAGCAUAUAAAAUAUUAUUAUGGUUUAUCCUAUAUUGACAUUGCUUACAUGUACGUUUGAAUUGACUUCAUACUAGGGUAAUGGGUUCUAGCCGUCACGCACCAGUGCGUACAAUUUAUUUAUAUAUACAUUGCUUUCAGUUACAUUCCCAGAGUUAUAGUAUUAAUAUAAGAAUGCGCCAUUGUGAUGUGUUAGGAUACAGUCACUUAUAUUGAGGUCAUUAAUUCGAAUCCCGACAUGAAAUUUGAGUAACUUAUAGGAACCUGUUUAGAAGGAAGUCCUCAAUGGUUCUUCUAGUGGAAGGUUAUGGUGACUGGGAUUAACAGGUUUAAGGCAGUUCUGAUGUGAAGUUAUUGAAGAAAUUGCAGUCUAAAUGUUUGAUUGGGCGUUUCAUUGAAUCCUAAAUUCCAAAUCGGUUAGAACAAUCGAGUAUCAAUAACAAGCAGACAAGUACAUCCCCCACCGAAAAACCGCAUUAAGGUUUACCCUAAUUACACAUGCAGCAUGUGCUUCUAAAUUGUAUUACCAUUUACUUUUUUCCGGAUUUGCAACCACCCCCAUCUUUUUACUGAAAGGAAAUUAAUGAUCUGCCACUGCAUACUGUUACCGAUUUAAUGGCUUUUUAAAAUGUUGUAUAUGUUUCUAGUUUACCGCUACCGACUGGUUUUCUUUGUCUUAUUUUAUUGAUAUCUUCUUCUUUUUUCAACAAAAAAAGCCGAAUGAAACACUGCUAUAAAUAUCUGAAACAUAUAUAUAUGAUAAAUAGUAUGAAUAACUGCUUUUUAAGACUUUUAUUAGUCGAAUGUUAAACAGAAACUACACGCAUGUUACAUAUUAAAACAGCGUGUUUAUACCCGGCUCUUUGGGUUGUAUGGUUCUUACUUUAUAAUAUUAUGAUUACACAGAAAUAUAAGUCUUUUUGUCUAGUCUGUAGCAGGAGAAACGAAACAUGUUUUAAAUUGAUGGUAGGAAAACGUCAUGGUAGGAAAACUUCAAGGAAGAGUUUUUUUUCUUUGUUUAAAGUUAUUUUUGCUGCUACUGACAUGCGAAAAAAAUUGACGCUUUUUAAGUAACUAUUACACAGAAUUAUAUGUUCGUUCUUUCUUAAUAUAUGCCUGGUUGUGUACUUGCUUUACCGAUCAAAGUGAAACUUAUAUUCUUGGAUCUUUUUAGAUUGAGGGAAGAAAAUCUAUGACCAAUCGUUUUCUUUUCUGUAAUUGCAUUACAUUUAAACAUUACCCACUCUUUAAAUCUUAGAGACGAUAUUGUAUACGACCGUUACCGUUUGAUAGACAGCAUGCUUUUGCAGUGUUUCUGAAUGAUUUCAAUCUUAUGUUCAUUUAGGUAAAGAAAAACACUGACAUAAAUCUCCUUGUAAUCUGUCGAAGCUUUGCAUUCGUUGAUUUGAUUUGAUUUGUUUGGUUUUCCGUUUCAAUAUAAAGUCAAACUACAUUAUCGACAAAUAUAAUGUAAUUAAUUCAUAAAUCAAACAAAUUAAUUGAAAGUAACUAAAAUAAUUAGAUCAUUGUUGACCUAAAACUGAUACGCUUAUUCAAGAUAUGAUUACUAGUGUAGUCUAUUCCAAGGAGACAUGCUGAGCAAAACAUGUUUCAAGAAUUAUACUGAACCUGUUGCGUUAAAAAUAUAUAUAUAAUUCCCGUUUGAUAGCAGCUUAAAAUUUAUUCAGUAUUCGGACAUUCGUGAUAAAUAAUUUCUCCUGAUAAAGAGCAAUACUUACUCUAAGGUUGAAGUUCAUUUUUGUUUCUCUUUAUGUUUAUUGUAAGAGUUUUAUUGAACAUAAUCUGUAAAUGUAGAAUUUGCAAUUAAAAAUUGAAAUAUUUA